UAGUUUAAAGUCUUUCCCCACUUUACAGGCCUCCUUCAAGUACCGAAGGGUGGCAAUAAGGUGGCCCUGGAGCUCUCUCUUCUUUGGGCGGAAAUGCUCAAAGUGCCAGGGAUCGGCUGUGAUGAUCCCGCCCUCCCGUGGGCACUGGCAUGGAUGCAGCAGUGGCUCCAGGCAGACUUGGCAUCUUCCCGUACGUGUGUGCCCACUCCAUUCCUGCCUCAAUUCCCCUCCCCUCGCCAGUGUGUGGGAAACUGCAUUUAUAGAAGGAGCCUCAGUUUCAAUGCAGACACCGUGUGCUCAACAACUCCGGAGCCAUGUGGCAGGUCGGUGCCCGCUCCCUGUGCCGGGUCAGCUCCCGCAGCUGGCAGAGCCGGCUGUCCCGGCCCCGCCCCGCGUCCGCAGCCUCACGGAGCCCCGGCACAGCCCCUGCGCAGGGACUCUCCUCCAUGGCCCCCUCCAUCCGCCUGGCGCCCGCCGCCCGCAGCCUCUUCGAUGAGCCGCUGGCCAUCGCCGUGCAGGGCCUCGGCCCGCGGCAGCAGGUCACGCUGCGAACGUCCUUGCGGGACGAGACCGGAGAGCUCUUCCAGGCCAGUGCCCGCUACCAGGCGGGCGACGACGGGCAGGUGGACCUCGCCCGCUGUCCUGCGCUGCCGGGAGGCAGCUUCUCCGGCCUGGAGCCCAUGGGGCUGCUCUGGGCUUUGCAGCCCCAGAAGCCUUUCUGGCGGCUGGUGAAGCGGGACGUGCAGAGCCCCUUCCUGCUGCAGCUGGAGGUGUUCGAGGGCCACGGGGAGCGCCCCGGGCAGCUCCUGGCCCAGGCGCAGCACGAGCGGGCGUUCCUGCGGGACGGGGUGCGGAGAGUCCCGGUGCGCGAAGGGAGGAUCCGGGCCACGCUUUUCCUGCCCCCCGGAGAAGACACCUUUCCAGGGAUCAUUGAUAUACAUGGACUUGGAGGAGGCAUUUUUGAGCCCAGAGCAAGCCUGCUGGCCAAUCAUGGCUUUGCCACACUGGCCCUGGCUUAUUAUCAAUUUGAGGAUCUGCCGCAGGAACCAAAGGAACUCCACCUGGAAUAUUUUGAAGAGGCAGUGAACUAUAUGCUGCAGCACCCACAGGUAAAGGGUCCAGGGGUUGGCCUGCUCGGUUUCUCCAAAGGAGGGGAAGUGUCCCUUGCCAUGGCUGCCUUCCUGAAGAACAUCAAGGCUGUUGCUGCCCUCAAUGCUCCUGUUGCUGCUACAUGUAUUCCUUUCUCUUACAAGAAUAAAAUCAUCCCCACUUUGACCUUAUAUGAACACAAAGUCAAGGCCACCAAUUCCAAUUUUCUUGAUUAUUCUGAUGUCCUUGAUGAUCCCUUUCAAGCUCCUGGCAUCCAAAGCCUGAUCCCACUAGAGAAAGCUGAGGCACAGCUCCUAUUUGUUGUGGGACAAGACGACCGUGUUGUCAAAAGUCAUUAUGCUACUGAAGUUGGCAAGAUUCUGCAGGCUCAUGGGAAGGGAAAUUUUCAGAUUCUCUCCUACCCUGGGACAGGGCACUGCAUAGACCCUCCCUUUUUCCCUUUGUACUGCAUAGGAAGCCACCCCGUGUUUCACAAGCGCGCAGUCCUGGGUGGGGAGCUCUGGGCUUAUUCUAAAGCUCAGCUUCACGCUUGGUCACAGAUCCAGGCUUUUUUCAAAAAGUAUUUAAUUGGUAACUAAUGUGCAACAAAUAAUGAGCAGGUAACGCACAAUUUUGAACAAUCAGAUCUGAUAAAUUCUGCUACAUUUAUCAUGUCAAAGCUUAUCACAGUGGUAUUAGUAAAAUUACAGUAUCUUCCAUGACUUUGCACAUCCAUAACACAGAAAAUAAAUCGGUUUGCCUUUUCUGUUCCCAUCUCAACCUUUUUGUUCAAGUAUCAAGGAAAGGUGGGUUUUCAGUCUUUGACAAAACAGGUAAUGUGCAAAAUGCACAGUUACAUUUCUUGGGUGGUUUCUAUUCCUCUAAUACUUGACAGCACUUUCCAUGUCACUGUGGUCUCUACCCGUGUCCUCCAGUAAUAAUAAUUAUCUCUAUUGACAACUGUUUCUAAUGACAAUUUUGGAGCAGGGAUUUCACUGCUACUAUGGUGAAUGUGUCAUUGCAAAUGGAAAUUUCUCUGACCUCUGUGCUACUGCGAGAGUGUAAAAAUGGUUGCUAUAGCCAGGACUCUGGGCUGUCUCUGGUUAAGCUUUGGGAAAGGUUGUUUUCCUUCUUUGUUAUUGGGGUGAGAAUUGUAAUAAAGAGUCUGAAACUUGUAA